ACUCGGGAAUUGCUGUAAACAAAAAGAAAGGCGCUUCAACAGCACGAACAGAAGCCAAGAAGAAAGGGAACGAAAGGGAAAGCUCGCCGUGACGAAAAGGCCUGGUUACGUCGAAAAAACGCAUUAAAAUUCCACUUUCAAAAUAGGUGAACAAACGACCGUCCUCUUUGAAAGGGUGGCAACACAGCAACGCACCAACCAACAGGUGUGAAACCCCUGCCAGCAGCAGUGCAUCACUGGUAGCAGCAGCAGCAGCAUCAUCAACAGCAACAACAACGACCCUCAUCGACGACGACCAUGGGGAUCGACUUCGAGGUGAACGAUUACAUCAAAACGCUCAAGAAGGACGGUGGCCCCUUCAAAUGUCCCAUGUGCGACAAGACGUACAAAUCGGUGAUCGGGCUGCAGUACCACCUGAACAACUAUGACCACGACAACCCGUCCCCGGCCGUGCCUGCCUCGGUGUCGACCCCGAUCAAGCAGAAGGGUCGCAAGCUGAAGGUGGGCGUUACGCCCAAAAACCAAAUCGCCUGCAGUCCACCGAAGGAAGGCAUUACGUAUCUGGAGAGUGAACACUUGGUGCGGCUCGACUGCAAUGGCAAGACGGUGAAGAUCCCGGUGCUGGACGCACUGCCCGUGAUGUCGCUCGAGGAGUACGAGAGCAAGUGCAAGACGGCGUCCGACUUUGAAGCGUUUGCCGUUGCACCACCGGAGGAGCCGGAGGUGCAGCUGCCGGAGGGCAAGUUCAAGGAAAUCGAAGACUACACAAUCUGUGAUGCCCCCGCCCGGCCGAACGCGUACAUCCGCUUCAUCGAGAAGUCGAGCGAAGAGCUGGACGGCGAGGUAGAGUACGACGUGGACGAGGAGGACACGACCUGGCUCAGUAUUAUCAAUGAACGGCGCGCGGCACAGAACGUGGGCCCAGUGUCGGUGGAUUCGCUCGAGCUGUUGAUGGAUCGGUUGGAGAAGGAGUCCUUCUUCCAGGCGGCGGCCAACGGCCAGAACGGCGCCGUCGUGGACGAUGACGCCGUGUGCUGCAUCUGCAUGGACGGGGAGUGCCAAAACACGAACGUGAUUCUGUUCUGCGACAUGUGCAACUUGGCCGUGCAUCAGGAUUGCUACGGUGUGCCAUACAUCCCGGAGGGCCAGUGGCUCUGCCGUCGGUGUUUGCAGAGUCCGAGCCGUCCGGUAGAUUGUGUGCUGUGCCCGAACACCGGCGGUGCCUUCAAGCAGACCGACCACAACCAGUGGGCCCACGUAGUGUGUGCGCUGUGGAUACCGGAGGUUCGAUUCGCCAAUACCGUGUUCCUGGAACCGAUCGAUUCGAUUGAAACCAUCCCGGCGGCCCGGUGGCGCUUGACUUGCUACAUCUGCAAGCAGAAAGGCAUCGGCGCGUGCAUUCAGUGCAACAAAACGUAUUGCUAUGCCGCGUUCCACGUUACCUGCGCGCAGCAGGCGGGAUUGUGCAUGCGCAUGGAUACGGUGAAGGGCACGGACAGCAAUCCGGUUGUGGUGCAGAAAACGGCCUACUGCGAUGCGCACACACCGCUGAACGCGCUGCAGACGACACCGGGCAACUCGCCCGACGGUGGACCGCCGACGGAUGCGCGAGAGGUAACGCGCGAGAAGAUGAAAAAGGCACGCAAGCUGCUGGCGCUGAAGCGUACCAGUGCGCCGGUGAUCCUGAUCCCUACCAUCCCGCAGAACCGCAUCGAGGAGAUAUCGUCGCUGGUAAACAUUCCGAAGAAGCAGCAAUUCAUUCAACGCCUCAUCGCGUACUGGACGUUGAAACGACAGUACCGGAAUGGAGUGCCGCUGCUGCGCCGGUUACAGUCGCAGGGCCAAGCGCAGGGAACGGGCAUGCCUGGGUGUCGCGAUCGUACCGACGGAUCACCGGACGCGCAGGAACUCUAUCAGCAGCUCAAGUACUGGCAGUGCCUUCGGCAGGAUCUGGAGCGAUCCCGUCUACUCUGCGAGCUGGUGCGCAAGCGGGAAAAGAUUAAACUCAUUCUGAUCAAGACGACCGAACAGCUCGUGAUGGCACAGCUCAACCCGAUCGAGAGCGUUCUGCAUCGAAUCUUGGACCAGCUGGAGGUGAAGGACGAUAAGGAAAUCUUCCGCGAACCGGUCGACACGGAGGAGGUGCCCGAUUACACCGACAUCGUGAAGCACCCGAUGGAUCUGGGCACGAUGCGCCAGAAGCUUAAGCGGGGUGCGUACAUCCGCAUCGAAGACCUGGAGCAAGACUUCCAGCUGAUGAUCCGCAACUGUUUGGCGUACAACAACAAGGACACGAUGUUUUAUCGCGCCGGUGUGCGGAUGCGCGAUGCCGGUGCAAUUGUGUUCCGCACGGUGCGCAAGGAGCUGGAACGGUCGGGCCAGUUCCAGGAGCCAGAGCCCGUUGAACCGAUCGCUUCCAGCGCGCUGUCCGGUCGAGCGAUCGGUAGCUCCAGCGAGGACAACAUUGCGAUGGACAUUGAGAAUGAGCUGACCAAGAUUACGGGCCAGUCGGCGAACGCGGAGCACAUCGGCAAGCUGCAGACGCUGCUGAGCAAAGCGAACGGAAUCCGGCAUGCGUUGACGCGCUCCAAACGCAUCAAGCAGAUACGCAACGAGAUUGCGCGAGUAAAGCGAGCGAUUAGCAAAGAUCCGGAACGUGGUUUGCUAAACGAUCGUCGAAUAUCGUCGGAUCUGGUGGGAGCAAGCUCCUCCUCGCUUGGCGGAACAGCUUCAUCUUCGUUUUCGCCAAAAAAGUUGUCCCACUCCAUGCACGCAGAACCCACCUCAAGCGGGCUAGGUGGUCUCGCCGGAAGCAGUCUUGCACUGGCACAGAAACAUCACCAAAUCACGCCGGAAGCGAGUCCACUGAAGGUGCUCCAGAACAGUCCCUCACCGUCGGGUGUUAAUCGAAGAACGGCUGUACUGUUCACACGCAAAGCACAAGCGGCCUUGAAGAAACCGGACGCGUCUCUGAAGCAGGAAGGAGCAGGCGUCGGAGCGUCCGGUGGCACUGGGGGGGCUGGUGGACCGAGUGGCUCUACGGUAACACCAAUGACAACGACGGAACUGCUCCAGAAGACGGCCAAGAAGAUCAAUCGUGGCAAGCGGAUCGGCAAAAGCGGGAAAGGCAUUGAGUCGUUCCUGGAGGCAACGUCCGCUUCGGCGCUGGACGGGAAACCGAUCGAGCGGAAAUCGCUGGAAGCCAUCCCGGACAGUUUCCGGGUGUACCGUGGGCAGCAGGAUCGUGAAAUUAGUGACUCGGAGAGUAAUCUCAGCCUUACGGGUAGUACGUGCAGCAGCUGCAGCGGAUUUAGUGGCAGCGGAACGGAAUCAGAGUUUGGCUCCAGCAAUGACGAUUCGUACUGUGACUCGAAAAUGUCCACCAACAGCGAACCGGAGGUGGAACCGUUCCCGGAAAAGCCCGCCCUAGAACCGCUCAAGCUGGUGUGGGCCAAGUGCCGGGGCUAUCCGUGGUAUCCGGCCCUCAUUAUUGACCCGAACAUUCCGAAAGGGUUCGUACACAACGGCGUCCCACUGCCGGCCCCGCCGGCCGACGUGUUGGCCCUGCGCAGCAACUACGACGAGCCCGUGUUUCUGGUGCUGUUCUUCGAUGUGAAACGUACGUGGCAGUGGUUGCCGGUCGGCAAGCUGGAACUGCUCGGUGUCGACAAGGAGCUGGACCAGAGUAAGCUGAUCGAGUCGCGGAAACCGACCGAACGGAAGGCGGUCAACAAGGCGUACCAGGAGGCACUGCACUAUCACAGCCAGGUGUCGAGUGCGGAUGGGCCGGCCGGGAAAUUAUGAUGCUAUGGGAGUGUGGGGCCGGGUGCAGGAGGAUUCGUUAUAUCUAAAGGGGAGCAACCGGAGGAGGAUGGCGAAGAGGAGGAGGAAGAAGAGGAAGGGGAGGAGGAUGAAGGGGAAGAGCAGGAAGACGAAGCAGAGGUAGAGGAAGACGAGGGAGAUGAGGAUUCGUGUUAGAUCUGUCGUUUUUUGUGUGUGUGUAAAGGAUGGGGAAUGUCCUUUGCGGUUUUAUUUUUUAACUUGUGCGAAUGAUUGUCGUUUUCUAUUAUGUGUCCAUGUUACUGCAUAUUUGUGUGUGUGCGUGUUUGUGUUAGCAAUAGAAGUGUUUAAAGGAAGUAAGAAGGGGAAGAGAAGAAGGAUGGAAGCUGCUCUGCUACAUCCGCGAGAUUUGAAUGUUAGUUGAAGUUCGUUUUAUUGGGUUUGACGUUUUUAUUCCGUAUUUUAACCGUCGCGCGGCGAGCGAGUAGUGAGGAUGAUGUUAGGAAUGUAAGUGUUGGUUGCGAGUUCAUUUGUUUAGCGCAUAAUGAAGGGAAGAUAGAAUGGGUGGGCGAUCGCAGAGCAUCGAACAAGAGAUCAUUUUGUUAACGUCGAUGUCGAUGUCCUGACAUAUUUGAGCGUGUGUUUUUUUAAUUAUUCAUUGUAAGGCAGAAGAAGAGGCAACAUGCGUCUGUGUGUGAUUGUAAGGACAAAAAUGCACACCAUUCAUAAGGCUAUCUAUAUCUAUUUAUAUUGGAAUAGAGGUACCGAUACCGUUUUUUUUUGCCGAGACUAGAUCCUUGCGAGUAGCAUCUUGCUAUAGAAAAAACAAACCACAUACACAUCUUAUCACACACAUUAUGUUCAUCGUUUUGUUCAUCGCGUUGAAAACUAUCAUACAGGAGGUGUUGUACAUAUGUGAAGGAUCUGGUUGAAUAAAUAGUAUUACUUCUCACACAAACAAACUUUGGCUGUGUGUGUUAAUUCGCUCUGAUCGACCAAUCGAAACGUCGGCACGAUCCAAGCAACCGCAGGCAGACCAGAAAAGCCUGCAACGACAUUUGACCUCUCGUUUUCACACCUGUCCGAAAGGGGCUUGCUGUGAUUGCAGGCGUCAGUGUGUCAUUCAGUCGCUUCGUUCGGUCGUGUGCGGUCGUUUGCUUCGCACCUUCUGGUGUCGCGCCGUGUCGCGUGUGUGUAGAAUGGGGAAAAAAUGUGAAAUUAAUGUGUUGUUUAGUGAUAAAAUGAUAAUGAAUCACUAAUUGAAGAGUUUAUAAAGCGUCGAGUAGUGUUUUAGUGCUGUAAAUUCCGUCUCGCCGGUCCCGUAGUACAGUCGUCAAGCCGGUCCCGUAGUACAGUCGUCAACUCGUACGACUUAACAACAUGCCCGUCAUGGGUUCAAUCCCCAAAUAGACCGCGCCGCCAUACGUAGGACUGACUAUCCUGCUAUGGGGGGGAAUCAAUUAGUCACUGAAAGCCAAGCCCACAAGUGGGUACAGGCAGGCCUUGACCGACAUUGGUUGUUGAGCCAAAGAAGAAGAAGAAGAAGAAAUUCCGUCUGAUUUUGCUGCUCGUUGGCGUCCCUUGUUGGAGCAGUGUGUGUGCGUAAUUGCGAAAAAUGAAAGAAGAGUGAUCCGUCGAGAGAGAGAGAGAGAGAGAGAGAGAGAGAGAGAGAGAGAGAGAGAGAGCGAAAAAAAUGUCAAUCAAAAGCGUCUCCGUAGUGUUCGCGUUGCUGCUUGGCGCCAUUUUUUAAAAUGCUGCCUGUGUGAUAUCGUGUCGGUGUGGUUGUGAGUUCGGGUGUGAUAAGAACGCGUUCGGAUUGAUGAAUGAAGCGGAAAGCGAGAAGCAUUAACACAAGAUUGUUUAUAUUCAUUUAUUGUUUUUUUGUCUGUUACUGUAACUGUUGCCUCUCUGUUCCGAUCAGCGGUCCAACUGAAUCAGGGCCGGAAUACGGUUGAUGCUUAUUUUGUGUUUUUUUUUGUUUGAUCAUUUACACUCAACUACUACUUACUUCAUGCUCUCACGUGUUUGUGUUGUUUUGUGUUAAAUACAGAAUGCCUUUCGCGCUACAACUAAAUUUAAUACCUGCACUUAGAGCUACGCCUACGCCUAACAUCAGACUAACAGAACUUGUUCCUUGCUUUCCUUGCACUAUAUGUACACUUUUUCACACGCAACUCAUCUCUCACUCUUUCUCUCAUCCUCCUCAACGUCUACAGUCCGUCUCGCCGGGAGACCGGGGUAAUGAUCAUUUUUCUGACCUCCCCCUCCCCUCCCCUCGACUCGCGAUCAGUUCCGAAAUCAAUCAAAUUUAUCACAACGAGAUCGACCCGCGGUGCUCAUAUUCCGUCUCUCGUGUAUGUGUGUG